UCAUUGGGGAAUCAAACAAAGGCGAAAUCAGUUUAAUUGUGUUGCUUUAAUUAUCGAAUAUCUUUUGUGGUAUCUUUUCUUCCAUUUAAUUAAUAAUCUUGUAAUAUCUAUUCGUUUAUCAAGAAAAUGCUUUCAGAUCCCGAAUCAACUGCCAAGUCAUCUGAAGCAAUUGAACCCAAAGAGGGAGAAUCAAGUGAACAAGUAAAAUCCGGAGAAGCCGCUGAAGGUUCUAGUGAAACAAUUUCUACCACUUCUGCUUCUGGUGCUUCAUCGUCUAAUCCAAGUAAUCCUAGUGAAUCUGAAGCUCAACCAAUGGAAGCUGAACCAACUGUAUCUGACAAAGUUACUCAAGAAGAAUCCGUUAAACCAAUGGACUCAAAUGUUGUAGUGAAAACUGAAGUAAUGGAAGCUUCUAGUGAUGUUCCGGAAGUUGCUGCUGCUGAAUCUGAUUCAAGCAAAGAAAAAAUGGAUUCUACCGGUUCAACAUCUGUAACAUCUGAAAUUGUUCCUCCCGGUGGAGCUGAAAAGGUUAGUGCUGACUCUGUUGGAUCCUCUGUCGAUGAAAGCAAAAAACCUGAGGAAGUAGUUAAAGAAAUAGAUACCAGUGAGAAGAUGGACGCCACACCAAUCAAUGAAGCUGAGACAUCAACUGUUUCAUCUGAUGCCACUCCGGUUUCAAAUGAAGCUGAAGCUCAGAACAACAUUACAAAUGGCUCCGAUCAAUCCAUGGAGGUGAGAGGACCCGUUGAAGAAAUCGAAAAGGAAGUUCCAGCCGCUGCUGUCUCAUCUUCCGUUCAACCAUCAAUCGCAGUCUCUGCUGGUUCUGGUCCAACUACUCCAGGAAAAGUUGUCCAAGCAUCGUCACCCACCCCUGCAGCUAAUGGAGGCAGCAAGAAACCUAAAGUUGAUUAUUCAACCCUACCAACUCGUCAAUACCUAGAUCAAACUGUAGUUCCCAUCUUACUUCAGGGCUUGUCAUCACUCGCCAAGGCGAGGCCUGAAGAUCCUACUAGAUACUUAGCCAAUUACUUGAUUGAACAUGGCAAGGAUUUUGAAGAUCGUCAAAAUUGAAGGCUCUGUCUGAUGAGCUAUAUUUAAUUUCCGUCAAUAACCUUCCAUACUUCAAAACGUAAAACAUUUAAAAUUUUCACCGAUUCAUACCAAAUCAAUUUUGGGGAAAAGUCAUUCCUUUAUUCAAAUUUCAACUCAGGUUUCAGCGAUUUUCUCACCAUCACUUUAUAAAGAUGCGGAACUCUGAGCAACUCAGUCUGGUUUCUUAUUCCCUAUUUCUUGCUCCUUAUCACCGGUGUAUCCUUUUCUCUCUACAAAGGCUGAUCAAUGUCCUCUUAUAAGUGUUUGAGUGUGAAACCAAAUAAUCCACCAUUAUCCAUAUAUCUACUUUACAAUGAACUCUUUUCCCUUUUUCUUUUAUCUCCCCUUUUCACUUCAUCUUCUCAUUCACUUACUCACUCACCUUUUAUCAUUUUUUUCUAACUAAUGAUUUGAUCCAUGUCUUUUGCGAGUUUCAAAAUGAUUUGAAAACAAAUAAACCGAGACUUUUUUCAUCCCAAAAAUACAAA